UUUACGUUGUUUUAAUUUUAAUUAGUUAACUUCUUCGUCAACAUGGUUUCAGGAAUCGUUGCUGGCAGAUUAGCUAUUGUGACAGGUGCCGGAUCUGGAAUUGGACGUGCCACAUGCCAGGUUCUGUCCCGAGAGGGAGCUACAGUCAUAGCGUCCGAUAAGAAUUAUGCGGCCGCUGAGCAGACUAUAAAAAGCCAUGCUGCCCUCGCUAGUGGGUUUAAUGACGCAGGCGACCACUCGGCGCUCGAGUUAGACGUAUCAGACUCCAAGUCGGUAAAGCACGCAGUCCAGAAGACUUUGGAACAAUAUAAGGCUCCACCCACUAUAGUGGUCAACUGCGCUGGUAUCACACGAGAUAAUUGGUUACUGAAACUGUCUGAGGAAGACUAUAGCCGGGUGCAGGAUGUCAACCUUAAGGGCACGUUUCUCGUGAUGCAAGCGUUUGCGCAAGCGAUGGCUGAUAAGGGCAAGCCGGGGUCCAUCGUCAACAUAUCCAGCAUAGUCGCCAAGUAUGGCAACAUUGGUCAAACUAACUACGCGAGUAGUAAGGCGGGUGUGAUCGCUAUGACUCAGUCGGCAGCUAAAGAAUUAGGAAAAUUCAAUAUUAGAGUGAAUGCAGUCCUUCCCGGUUUCACAGAGACUCCGAUCGUGGAGACUGUGCCUGAAAAACUGAUGCAUCAGAUGAUAAAGAUGAUACCUUUGGGCAGAAUGGGCCAGCCUUCUGAAAUAGCAGAGGUCAUAACAUUCCUGAGUUCUGACAAGAGCUCGUUCGUCACCGGCGCAGCAGUUGACGUCACUGGCGGGUUCUAG